AAAAAUUUGUUUUGCUCAUCUUUCUGUUGUAAACUUUUUAUUAUUUGCUUUUUUGCACUUGUGUAGGCUGUUAAAGUAAAUGUAGUGAUUUUUCCUGUGUCGUGGGUGUUUUGCACGAAAUUCUCUAGUAUUUAGUGCCACCCACAACAUACAUUUCAUUCAAUUCAACUAAUUUUUCAGUCAAAAAACAUUUCCCUUUGUCCUUGCAAUGCUUUGUGUACUUAACUAUUCUUGAAAACCCAUAAUUAUAAAUAAUUAGUUAUGUCAGUAAAAAGUAGAGUGGCUAAAAAGUGAAACAGAUAAUGAAUCAUUGUUCUGUGAAAAUAAACACUUCGCGUGUUUGUAUUUGACCAGCGUUAAUCACGUUUUUGGCAAUCUUGUGAUGCAAAGCAAAAUCGUCCCAUUUUAACCUGAAUUGUGAUAUUAUUAAUUUAAGUUUAUAAUUUUAAAUAGCUACGAAUUGUUUUGUAAGUUUGAAAUUAUCAAAUAUGACUGUAACGUACACUGGUGAGGUUGCUACAGUCAGAGGUUUGGGGUGCUUUUUGAAGUUAUUAGGAAGGUGGAGAGGCAGUAUUUAUAAACUAGUAUGGAUUGACCUUCUAGUAUUUUUAUUUUUCUACUACAGCCUGAAUUUUACAUACAGAUAUGUACUCGAUGAAGUAGGAAAAGUACGUUUUGAAAUGGUAGUAAAAUACUGCUUUGAAUAUGGCAGCCUGAUACCCUUAUCGUUUGUCCUGGGUUUUUAUGUAUCUGUUGUAAUGACCAGAUGGUGGAAUCAAUACACAGCGAUACCAUUUCCCGACCCUUUGGCCGUUUUCGUUAGCGCCACUGUUCAUGGACAGGACGAAAGGGGUAGAGUUAUGCGCAGAACGAUAAUGCGCUACGUUUGCUUAUGUGUAACAAUGACAUUUACGAUGAUUUCUCCUAGGGUUAAAAAGAGAUUUCCGACUCUUGAUCAUUUUGUUGAGGCGGGUUUGUUGCACGAAAGCGAAAAAGAUAUUAUGGUGAAUCUGAAUAAAAAGUUUCCUAAAUAUUCUAAGCAUUGGUUACCAAUAGUAUGGGCUUCUAGUAUUAUUACAAGAGCGAGAAAAGAAGGUAGGAUAAGAGAUGAUUUCGCUGUAAAAACUUUAAUAGACGAGUUGAAUAAAUUCAGAGGUCAAUGUGGGUUACUACUGAGUUUUGAUACUAUUAGUGUCCCUCUAGUGUACACACAGGUGGUAACUUUGGCAGUAUACAGUUAUUUUAUGACGACAUUAAUGGGCCACCAGUGGGUAAACAAUAGUAGCACAAACGAUUUUGAUCUCUAUUUUCCAUUUUUUGCAACUCUGCAAUUUUUCUUCUACGUGGGCUGGCUCAAAGUAGCGGAAAGUUUGAUAAACCCCUUUGGAGACGACGAUGAUGACUUUGAAGUCAAUUGGAUGGUCGAUAGAAAUCUUCAAAUUUCUUAUCUUAUAGUAGAUGAAAUGCACCACGAUCAUCCUGAAUUAGUCAGAGAUCAGUAUUGGGAUGAAGUAUUCCCGCAGGAAUUGCCUUACACUGCUGCAGCCGCAGCAGCAGAAUCCAUGAGAAAUACACAUCCGUUGCCUUCGACUGCCAAUAUUGCCGUUAAACCAGCAGAUCAAGAAUUUGUAUCGCCAUCGUCACUAAAAAUCGACUCCCUGAUGGACAAUAUGCAAAGUGGACCCAUUACUUUCUCAGCCACCAGGCAACCUAGUUUUAAGAGCAGGAAAAAUUCUUCAAACAGCCUUAAUAUUGGAGCUUCUGUGCCAGAUGCAAUGUCUAUGCCAAAAGUAGCUUCAGUCACCAACAUGCUAAAACGUUUCUUUAGCAGAGACGAUAGUAAAAACGAUUCAAGAGGAGGACCAAAUAUAGAAUCCGCCGAAAUGAAUAAUUUAGUUUCUAAUGAAGAUAAAGAUAAAAAGUUGGCGUGCAGUGUAAGAAGGAUAACUGAUGAUAUCAUAGAAGAACUAGAUGAACAAUUGACGAUAACCUCGCAAAAAUCACAUGAUACUCGACCUAAUGUGAUGCAAGUAUUUGGACCUCCUUCGCCGUCUACACCUAUUGAUGUUCCUCAAACUAGCAGUUACCCAAACUAUUCACCUCAGAAUGUUUAUGAUCCAUUUCCUCUGAUGGGUGGUUCGGCUCCAAGCGGCGAUACAAUUGACCAUGAUAAAGUAAGCAUCGGAUCUGCUACAGAUGAGGAAGAUGACGAAUUUGAGAACUUAAAGAAGAAAAGAGAUGAAGAAAGACUUAGCAGGUUCAGACAGAACUUGGUUCGUUCAAUAAGUAUACAGAAAGGAGAUGAAGCAGACGGUGAGUGUUUAUUGAAAAGGAGAUCAUCGAAUUUGUCAUCGUCUCCACCACAGCACCCCUAAUCUGUGUAUGGUAGCGGCUCACUAGAAAUGUUUUAUUUACAUGAGGUCUUUAGUAUUUUUGAUCAAAUACUCUAAAAGCUGUGUAUACACCAAGCAUUCUGAUUUCUCAUAGUAUAUGUGUUUUUUGAGAUUUUAAACAGCAAAUACAGGCUCAGUGUAUAUGCAGCUCAAGACAAUAAUAAGUAUUAGAUUUCUUUCAAACAAACAAAAUGCUCAAAUUAUUUUUAAUAUAAAUAUUUAUAAUGUUUAAAAUUAAAUAUCUAUUGUGCCUACAGAUUUUCACUGAAGCAAGCUUUAAGCAACAUACAUUAUGGACAAAAUCGUCAAAUAUUUUAAGUCAUUUAUAGUUAUCUAUCAUUGUUUACUAAGUAAGUAUUUUUAUCAUAUUUAUAAUCAUUUUCACAUAAUAUUUGAUCAUUUUGUCCACUAGUAUGUUUGCAGCUUUAAUUAAUUAUUUAAAUUUUGGUGAUGGAUUUUUAAUGAAAAUUAGCUAUCGCCUUAAACUAAUAUUACUCUUUACAAGUAUUAUUAGGCUCGAUUUUUUUUUUUAACGAUUUUUGUUGUUACCUCAUUUAGGCUUUAUUGUAAUGGUAUAGAAAAAAAAUGUAUAAAAAUCACAGACACUGAAAUCUCAAAUAAUCUUAUGAUAUUUAGAUGCAAUACCUGUGAAUAAAAUAUUGUUCUGUGUCUGUUGAUUAUUCUAUGAAAACAAUACGACAUUGUGAUAAAUUUAAUUUAAUUUUAUACUUAAUUUAGUAUAGAGAUUCAAUAAACUGUUGUUGAUAAGCUUGAUAAGUUGAGUUGCCUCGAGUAAGAUCUGAAAUUUUUAUUUGUUAUGCGCUUGUAGAGCAUUGUCUUUAAUUUGUUCUAUUUGACUAUGUAAAUUAAAUAAAAAUAAGAUAACGAACAA